AUGACGAUGGACGAGCUUGAGGUGCCGUCGCCGGCGGAUUUCCAUGUGCACCUGCGGCAGGGCGCGAUGCGGGAGCUUGUAGCGCCGCAUGUGGCGCUGGGCGGGAUGGACCUGGCUGACGAGGCGGUCGAGUAUGUGCGCGCGCUCGAGGCGCUCGCGCCGACCACGCGCUUCCUGGGCACCAUGUACCUCUCGCCGCAGCUGACGCCGGAGGAGAUCCGCCGCGCGGCGGCGGCCGGCGUGCGUGGCGUGAAGAGCUACCCCCGUGGCGUCACGACGAACAGCGAUGGCGGCAUCGAAGACUACGAGCGGUACUACCCCGUGUUUGCCGCGAUGGAGGAGACGAACAUGGUGCUCAACCUGCACGGCGAGGUGCCGAGCGAUGCCGAGAAGGGCAUCUGCGUGCUGAACGCGGAGCCGCGCUUCCUCACGCACCUGGAGAAGAUCCACGCCCGGUUCCCGCGCCUGCGCAUCGUGCUGGAGCAUGCGACGACGCGCGCCGCCGUCGAGUGUGUCAAGCGCUGCGGCGAGACGGUCGCCUGCACGAUCACGCCGCACCACCUCCAGCUCAUCGUCGACGACUGGGCCGGCAAGCCGCUGCACUUCUGCAAGCCCGUCGCCAAGACGCCCGACGACCGCGCGGCGCUGCGCGAUGUGAUCCGCGAGGGGCACCCGCGCUUCUUCCUCGGCUCCGACUCGGCGCCGCACCCCCUCGCGUCCAAGUACCCGUCGCCCGCGAGCCGCGACGGCUCGACGGCGGCGCUCGCGCGUAACUGCGGGUGUGCUGCCGGCGUGUACACGCAGGCCGUGCUCCUGCCGCUGUGUGCGACGCUGCUCGAGUCGUUCGGCGCCCUCGACAAGCUCGCCGCGUACGUGAGCGAGAACGGCCGCCGCUUCUACCAGGAGCCCGCGGCGCCCGGCCGCGUCGUCAAGCUGCGCCGCACGACGGACGCGGACGCCGCCGUGCCGGCGGCCUACGUACACCCCGCGUCCCAGGGCCUCGACGAUACGGAUCCCGCCAAGCUGCAGGUCGUGCCGUUCAUGGCCGGCGAGCGCCUCGCGUGGCGCAUCGAGCCGUAG